AGCUUUCCCUCCCGCUUUCGGUCUCAGCACCAGCGGAGGAUCGGAAGCAGGAUAAAUGCCGCUCGACAAGUCUUCGCCGGAUUUCACUGUCCUCGUCCGGCGAGACCUUUACCAUCACUCUUGGCUUUAUGUCAGCGUCUUCGGGUAUGUCUUGGAUGCGGUUGGGCACGGCAUUUCCGCAGUCUGAUUGACGCCCUUACUCCUCUUCGCCGCGCGCGGCGCGGCGCGCUGGAGCUUCCACAAGCAAGACUGCAAAGGAGCACAGAGCCGCCGUUGCCUGCUAAUGUUGUGGUGGUGCUCCGUAUGCGGAGCCAUGGUGCGGGGUGGGCGUGGGCGUGGGCGCCGCCGCCGCCGCCGCCGACCGGAUGGGAACGAUCAAACGAGCAGAUGGUGAAUACCUUGAAGCGUGACUCGAGGCAGGGUGCGCGGGUUGGACGUGGGGCGGAGGGCGAGGAGAUUAGUCCAUGAAAGGCGCCGCCGCCCGAGGGACGCGGAAUGGUCGUUGACGUUGACGCCGGGGCGGCGCGGGGUUCGAGUGGGGAGCUGGCGGAGC